UUCUGCUGAGUUGUUGCACUGCUCUCUGACACACUACAUGCCUUACUCUCGUGGAAGGAAAAUCCCUUUCUGCGAAGACAUUCCUAAGGUUUCUUAUAUUUUUCUUAAAGAGAUGCAAUUUUUUUAAUCUUAUGGUUUCAUGGAAAUACUUUAUUUUAAGAUGUGGCUGUGGACGUUGGUUAGCCUAAGCAUCAUCACAAAAGUGUGCGGUUAUGCAAGUGGUUACUUCCCGGAAGUAUGUCAUACAAUGUCACCUAGGCAUAAAAAUAGAGGGGAAGUUCUCGCUCCUCAGAACACUCAACCGCCCUUUGAGGUCCGUUACGAACAUGGUAAAAAGGGAGACCCUAUUACAGUUUUUCUCAAGAGCAAGUCAUCCACACAGUUCAGGGGAUUUAUGUUGGAGGCUCGAAACAAAAGCAUGGUGGACGAUGGCCGGCCUGUUGGAAAAUUUAUCUUGCUUGACGCUAGAAAUUCUCAACUCCUGACGUGUGGUGAUAUAGUAGACUCAGCUGUGAGUCAAAAAAACAAUCAAAGAAAAUCUUUAAUUCGAGUUAACUGGACAGCUCCGGCAGAAGAGCUAGACAUCACUUUCAGAGCCACAUUUGUUGAGUCUUUUAAUAUAUUCUGGGAACGAGUGGAUGUGAAUGUCACUUCACCGCCACCACCACAAAGUACUACAAAGCCAAGUACCACGAUGAGUACUCAGCCAAGUAUUACUACAAGUACUCAGCGAAGUACUCCAGCAAGUACUACAAAGCCAAGUACUACAACGAGUAAUCAGCCAAGUACUACAACAAGUACUACAGAGACAAGUACUACGACAAGUAAUCAGCCAAGUACUACAACAAGUACUACAGAGACAAGUACUACAACAAGUAAUCAGCCAAGUACUACAACAAGUACUACAGAGACAAGUACUACAACGAGUAAUCAGCCAAGUACUACAGAGACAAGUACUACAACGAGUAAUCGGCCAAGUACUACAGAGACAAGUACUACAACAAGUAAUCAGCCAAGUACUACAACAAGUACUACAGAGACAAGUACUACAACGAGUAAUCAGCCAAGUACUACAGAGACAAGUACUACAACAAGUAAUCAGCCAAGUACUACAAGUACUACAGAGACAAGUACUAUGAGUAAUCAGCCAAGUACUACAGAGGCAAGUACUACAACAAGUAGUACAAUCGGUACUACGAAGACACCGAACAACACUGGGAGCAAAAGAAAGGGAGAAGCCACCAGGCUGAUGACCUUUGACGCUUUAUUUGAGGGACUGAAACUGGAACUACCUAACAUAAUCGCAACCACCCUCACCAGCAGCCCCUACCUUCAUCGUCUAAUUAAGGGGACACAGAUAUCCUGUUGUUUGCUUUGCACCGCAGUUGAAAUAUCGGCAGCAAUCUUGUAUUGUGUGUGUGAUUCCUCUGAAGUCACUCUCGUUGCUCUUGUGUGUGUGAUGAUAUUGAUUGAUUUGAUAGAGCUGGUAAUCCUGAGUCUGCCAAUUGGACCCAGUCAUGAGCUAAAGGAGAUCUGUGACCUUGCUGUCAAAGUGUGUUCUGUCAUCCAUAUGAUUUUUACAAUUGCUGUGAUCUUUACUGGUGUUAUCAAGACUGACAGUUGCAGUAAGAACAGGACAGAGUCUUGGCUUCUGAAAGUGAUGGUCGCUUACACAGCGUGGAUUUUGCUGUUUGUAAUUUGGGUUUUCGUAUUCACUGCUCACGGAAAAGCAAUACUGGGGGGAAGCAAAAUAGGGAGUUUAAAAACAGGUGAGGGAUGGAGGCAACAAAGAAGAAAGAAGACGCUCAGUGCAGCCAAUGUGAUUGUCACCGCUGUCUCAGUAAUCCUCGUCAUUGGAAACAUGUCCUUUGCUGCAGCUGUCAUUGCUGGGAUAUUUGGGUGUCUGGAAAAAUAGGCCUGUUCUGGUACUUUGCUUGCAUGUGAUUCACAGUUUUGUACAUAUGAUACCAGUACAACCUAACAGUUAGACUAAACAAACUGGAUAGUGUUAUUAACAUAUUACAUACCAUAAAAUGGGUUGUUCAUUUUCCAAGGAAGUUUAAUUGUUAGGUCAUAUAACAUCUUAUCAGAGUUAAGCCUGUCAACAAGGUGAAACUGCAAAUAUUUGCUAAAGAUCCACUUGCCUAUAAUUACUGUAUGUAUCACCUUGUGCCAGACAUACCAGUCGUCAUCAUCAGUUGGGGAAUGUUUUUAAUGUUGUGAUCAUGUCCUCAUGAGUAAUGUGUGGAAUGUGCUUAUCUUAUGAAAAACAAGCCUUGCUAUACUUCAUAUAGACUAGCUUAAGUAUUGAAUUCAUAAACAUAGAUGUUAUAAAAUGUGGAGAACUCACUCAUGACAUAAAUGUCCCCUUGUGUUUUAGGGCUAAAGGAAGGCCAAUGAGAUAAAACUUCAGCACAUACACUACCGUUCAAAAGUUUGGGGUCACCCAAACAAUUUUGUGUUUUCCUGAAAAGUCACACUUAUUCACCACCAUACGUUGUGAAAUGAAUAGAAAAUGGAGUCAAGACAUUGACAAGGUUAGAAAUAAUGAUAUGUAUUUGAAAUAAGAUCUUUUUUACAUCAAACUUUGCUUUCGUCAAAGAAUCCUCCAUUUGCAGCAAUUACAGCAUUGCAGACCUUUGGCAUUCUAGCUGUUAAUUUGUUGACGUAAUCUGGAGAAAUUGCACCCCACGCUUCCAGAAGCAGCUCCCACAAGUUGGAUUGGUUGGAUGGUCACUUCUUGCGUACCAUACGGUCAAGCUGCUCCCACAACAGCUCAAUGGGGUUCAGAUCUGGUGACUGCGCUGGCCACUCCAUCACCGAUAGAAUACCAGCUGCCUGCUUCUGCUCUGAAUAGUUCUUGCACAAUUUGGAGGUGUGUUUAGGGUCAUUGUCCUGUUGUAGGAUGAAAUUGGCUCCAAUCAAGCGCUGUCCACUGGGUAUGGCAUGGCGUUGCAAAAUGGAGUGAUAGCCUUCCUUAUUCAGAAUCCCUUUUACCCUGUACAAAUCUCCCACCUUACCAGCACCAAAGCAACCCCAGACCAUCAUAUUACCUCCACCAUGCUUAACAGAUGGCGUCAGGCAUUCUUCCAGCAUCUUUUCAUUUGUUCUGCGUCUCACAAACGUUCUUCUUUGUGAUCCAAACACCUCAAACUUGGAUUCAUCCGUCCACAACACUUUUUUUCCAGUCUUCCUCUGUCCAAUGUCUGUGUUCUUUUGCCCAUCUUAAUCUUUUUCUUUUAUUGGCCAGUCUCAGAUAUGGCUUUUUCUUUGCCACUCUGCCCUGAAGCCCAGAAUCCCGCAGCCGCCUCUUCACUGUAGAUGUUGACACUGGUAUUUUGCGGGUACUAUUUAAUGAAGAUGCCAGUUGGGGACCUGUGAGGCGUCUGUUUCUCAAACUAGAGACUCUAAUGUACUUAUCUUCUUGCUCAGUUGUGCAACGCGGCCUCCCACUUCUUUUUCUACUCUGGUUAGAGCCUGUUUGUGCUGUCCUCUGAAGGGAGUAGUACACACCGUUGUAGGAAAUCUUCAAUUUCUUAGCAAUGUCUCGCAUGGAAUAGCCUUCAUUUCUAAGAACAAGAAUAGACUGUCGAGUUUCAGAUGAAAGUUCUGUUUUUCUGGCCAUUUUGAGCGUUUAAUUGACCCCACAAAUGUGAUGCUCCAGAAACUCAAUCUGCUCAAAGGAAGGUCAGUUUUGUAGGUUCUGUAACGACCUAAACUGUUUUCAGAUGUGUGAACAUGAUUGCACAAGGGUUUUCUAAUCAUCAAUUAGCCUUCUGAGCCAAUGAGCAAACACAUUGUACCAUUAGAACACUGGAGUGAUAGUUGCUGGAAA